AAACAUUUAAACUCGCAGCAGAAGAUAGAAGGACUUGUUCCCGUAUCGCAGGGUGUUUCAGCGUUCACUACGGCAGUUCUAAUGAAGGUAGAGGGUCAUUUAAUGUCGGGGUAUCUGAGAGUGUUGAUCCCGGUCACGUGAUCACUAGUGUCCGUACCUUGUACCUGAAGUGGUGGAGAGGUGAUGGACAGUUUCGCAUCACAUCAGGGAACAAGGACGAUCGGUUUACAAUCGGGACUGAGACUGGUGACGUCAUCGUGAAGAGGUACCUGAACUAUGACAUUGAGCCUCACUAUGAGCUGAAGGUGACCAAUGAUCAAGCUGAGAAAAAGAAGGAAAUUAAAAUCAGAAUCUCGGUGGAAGACGACCCGAGCUACCCUCCCACCUUCAACCCGAGCUGCUACAUCCCACCUCGGGUCAGGAACACCACAGAGAUUUGGCCCCUGAUGGGGACCCUGCACUCGUUCCUUGGAUACCAGAAUCUGUUUAGUAACCGCAGAAAUGGAUCUCGGUCGGCGAUGGUCCUCCACAACGAUCGCUGUGAUGGUAAGGUGUAUGCGGUGUAUAAGAGUGACUUUUGGGACUACACCGUACCGGAAGGAACCACGCCUUUCUUCAACUUUAAAUGUACCAACGACCAGGAGCCGAGACGGAUGACACCGACUAUAACGCCAUACUGGAAUGCGUCCUAUGAGCGUCCAGAUGACAGCGCGAUCAGCCCAGAGUGGUUCCUGGACAAGCCGAAGAAAAAGUUCAUGAGGCACAUCUUAAUGGAACUCAACAUCAAAGACAUCAUCACCCAGAGUCCAUCUGUGUACAAAUGCAGCAUGGAGAUCAAGGCUCCUAAUUUCGGGCUUAACGCCAGCAUGGGGUUUGGUAUUGAAGCUUUAGGGUGCCCUGCUGGGUUGUUCGGAGGAGGCUGCAGUGAGAUCUGUGUGUGCCAAAAUGGCGGCAGCUGUCAUCCCUUUAAUGGCGCCUGUAAGUGCCCGGAUGGAUGGAAGGGCAGGGCCUGUGAUAUCAAGGAUCCUAAGGUCCUUAUGUCUCCGACCUACCAGAACGUCACUUCCGGCCAGACAGCACGGCUCAGCUGUGUUGCUCUAAAUGUCCAUUCCGCCAGCACCUUCGCCUGGGCUCUGAACGGGAAACAGCUGAGCACAGAAGGUAACAACAUGGUCACAUUCCAAGGAUUCAACACACGAUUCAACAGGACAUUUGUAAACGUGACUAUUACUGUGGUGAUCUCUAGUCUGGGUAUGUCUGGGGAGUACGCAUGCGCAUACAAGGCAACUGAUGGAAAGAUCUACCGACAGUUUGCCAAGGUGGCCCUGGAAGGAAAGUUUAGUCCUCAAUGUGGAAACUGCUUCCCCAAGACUCAGCCCGUGAGCGACGAGACCGUUGCACUGUACGUCGUCAGCGGCGUUGCCUUACUGUUUCUUGUUGCCCUGCUCACUCAGGGCUACAUGAAGCACAGGCAUGUCAACAAGGAGGCCGUUGACAUGGUUACCAAAAAUAACCCGGAUGUAAAGAAACCCAUUGCCGAGUUCCCGGAUAUGGUCCGCAGGGAAACCGUUGAAAACGAAUACACCGUGUGAUCACGUGAUUGGUCUGGUUAGGGGGACAAACAGACAACUGAACAAAAGAUGAGGAUUUUAUCAUAUUGACCAACUAAAUAGCCUCCAAUUGUUUUGUGUACGGUCAUUGGCUACUAGUAUCUUUUUUAAAUUUCAUGCUGUUAUUAAACAUGUAAACUGCACCGGAAUUGGCAGCUGGAGUGCAAAACAGGUGAGCCAGUUCCAACAAAAGAAUAAGAACUAGAGUUCCACGAUCUCAUACCUUCGCCAAAUAAUGUUAAUCUUUAUGACUGACAAAUUAAAAUAAAUCCCGAUUAUGCAAAUAGAAGCCUUAUUUGCAUGAAUUAUCGAAUGAUCAAAUUCUCCACCAAAGACAGUCUUAUACUGACGAAGAAUGCCAUACUAACAUUUCCUCAUAAAUUAUGCAAAUGAGGUCAUUAUUUGAAUAAGUUAUCCUUAAUGUUCACCUUCACUUAACUUUCAAGUACCUGAAGUAUGAAAUUCCAGCCAAGUACUAUUAUCUAAUUUUUUUAAUUUUCUCAUUAAUUAUGCAGAUUAAAUCUUCAUUUACAUAAUAUCUGCCUGUGUUUCUCUCAUUCGUAGCGAUGGGACGGAUGAGACGGAAUCCUUCCGGUUUCGACUUUAAUCUUGUCAUUCUCAAGAAUGACAGAGAUCGGAUCACUCCUCCUUUUAUACCUUUUACUGUGCCUCUCUAGUGCAGGGCGCUCUGCUCGAGUUUACAAUAUUGGCCAAUCAGCAUUAAACAUAUCAUUUUGCACUGGUUUAGGCUGGAUUGCAGGGGGCCAACAAUCUAAUCAUUUCGGGGUCUCAUCAAGACCUACCCACCUACUAAGUAUGAAGACAAUCCAUUUCAGCCUUCUCAAGUUAUCGUGUUUACAUGCAGAAAGACAGACAGACACACACGCACGCACACGCACACACACACACAGACAGAUAGACAGAUAUACCACACACGAACGCCUCUGAAAAACAUAACCUUCUUGGCGAAGGUAAUAAAGGGUUGUAUCCUUGACUAAAACGCUGUUCUUAUCAUAAGUAGUAUUAGUAUAGUAUAGUAUAGUAGAAAUGCGCAAUGUGACCUAGUAUAGUAAUGUGAUCUACUAAAUAGUAGAUCACAUUAGUAUGUAUAGUUUGUAAGUGUCAUUGCUGUAUUCAUUUCCCUGUUUAUCCAUGAUCUGUACUUAGCUUGUUACAGCACAAACGUACAAUAAAGGUCUUUCAUUCAUUCAUCAUUACAACAUCUUUAUGGCUUGGCGAAUCUUGGCGAAUCUAUGGCUAAAGAGUUGCGAUGUAAACAAGUACUUAAGGUGUUUUAUUACUAGUAUUUGCGGUGAUAGGAUGAUGUCGUGUAUUUUUUGUUGAACAAAAAUUGAAUAUGGAUAGGCAUGACGAUGGUAUUCUAACACAUUGGGAUUUUACUUUGUCAAAUGUAAAUGACGUUAAGUAACCCUGUAUCAUCUUUUGAAAUUUUAAUUGGUUCCAGUCUGUGUAUAAUCACCAAGCAGAUGUAAGGAACCGGUUCAGUGUGAGAUUUAAGCAUAUUUCUGUAACAUUAAGUACAUGUUAUAGUAGUUCAUUUUUCCACUAGAUGUACAAACAUACAUGUAACACAGUAUGAAUUGUAACUAUACUGUUUACAUUUAUUUCGGAAACAUUACACAAAGCUGUUGAUCAAAUCUUAACGUUUGUGGAUCGUAACAUCAUAGUCUUUAGCCCAUAAAUACGUUUAAUUUUUUCACUUACAUCUGACAACAGAAAUCUACAAACUUGGUAUUUCAAUUUGCACGGUGUUUGUGUUUAGUAUUAUACAUGAAGACAAUGUAGCUGGUGAUGAUGUAAGUUUAUUAAACAGGACCAAAGCAACACUGACAGGCAUUCAUGGUGGCUAAAUUGUGAGGCUCGAUUUAAUAAAAUAUUUCGACAAAAGUGUGUAC